CACAGAUUCCGCCCCAGAAAACGAAGUCAGAAAGAAACCAAGAAGCCGUCUCCACUUCUUCCGCGUCCCUUCGCGUCUCUGUCUCAUCUUCCCUUCCAGCAAUUUCCACAUACCCUCAAAAAGCCUAAUAAUGGAUCACACUGCGUGCCCGCACAAGCUUUAUUUAGCAAGUCCCACCUCAGCUCUGUAUAAAAACCUCCGGUACAGCAUCCCACUUCCUCCAGCGUAACAGAGAACAGUUAAAGAUGGCUUGUAAGAGCUCCGGAGGAGAUGCAGGGGAUGGGAGAGUGUUCGAAUGCAAGACGUGCAGGAGAAAGUUUUCAUCUUUUCAGGCGUUGGGCGGGCAUAGAACGAGUCACAAGAGGAUGGGAGGAGGGCAGGUGAGGAUUGAGAGGAUGAAGAAGGUGCAUGGCUGUCCUGUGUGUGGGGUGGAGUUUCGCAUGGGGCAGGCGUUGGGAGGGCAUAUGACUAGGCAUAGGCGUCGACGAUAUUGUGAGGAUAAGAAGGCCGCGGAGGUGGUACUGUUUGAUCUCAAUUUGCCGCCGGUGCAGUUGGAUCAGUGUUUCAGUUGGGAUGUGCCUCUGUUUCAUUUCUUCUGAUAUGGUGACAUGCAUGUUGGACUCUCUGUCUCUCUCUCUCUCUUUCUCUCUCUAAGUGAUUUCAAAAUUGACUUUGAAUGAAAUUUUU